AUGGCCGCUCAGUCUGAUGGAGGGGGAUGGGGAGGAACGGGGGAGGGGGUGGGGGAGGGGCUGUUUGAUGGAGACACAGAGGGAGACUGUCAGCCUCUGGAAUCUGCAGCCAUUCACAUCUGUCUCUGUUGCCACUCUGCUGUCUGCUAUUGGGGCUGUCGCUCCAACUGCCUGGGAAACCUGCUGGGGGAGGACACUACUGGAGGGAUUGGAGGGACCGGAGUUGGCAGGGGUAACGAUUUAAGGGAGACUCGCUGCCCGCCAGAGGAGGGCCUGUGGCUGGACUGCCUCUGGCUGAUCCUGGCUCUUCUCGUCUUCUUUUGGGAUGUGGGAACAGACCUACUUCUCGCUGCGGACUACUACACCAGACAGGACUAUCUGUGGUUUGGUCUGACGCUUUUUCUUGUACUGGUGCCGUCGAUGGUAGUUCAGAUCCUGAGCUUCCGCUGGUUCAUCCAGGACUACAGUGGAGAGUGUCUGACAACCUGGCUGGGGACAGUGGACUGCAGCAAGGGAGGAGAGAGAGAAAAGCUGACCAGGCGAGGGCCAGCCGAACAAACAUGGAUUUAUCCCGGGACAGACCGGGUAAGAGUGGCCUCAGUGUGGCUGUGGCAGAUCACCAUACACAUUCUACAGCUGGGACAGGUCUGGAGGUAUAUCCGUACGUUGUACCUGGGUAUCCAGUCCCACCGUAUGAAGGAGCUUAAGGAGGCCCAGAGGAGGUUCUACUGGGCCAUGAUGUUUGAGUAUGCAGACGUCAACAUGCUGCGGCUACUGGAGACCUUCCUGGAGUCAGCUCCUCAACUAGUACUACAGCUCUGUAUUAUGAUACAGCAGAACCGGGCUGAGACUCUACAGUGUAUAUCUAGUCUAGGCUCUCUUCUGUCUCUAUCCUGGGUGUUGGCUUCGUACCACAAGCUCCUGCGUGACUCCAGGGACGACCAGCGCAGUCUGAGUUACCGCGGUGCCCUUCUACACCUUCUCUGGCGCCUCUUCACCAUCUCCUCCCGCGUUCUCUCUCUCGCCCUCUUCGCCUCCCUCUUCCACCUGUACUUUGGCAUCUUUGUGGUGCUCCACUGGUGUGGCAUGGCACUGUGGGUGGUGCAUGGAGGAACAGACUUCUGUAUGUCUCGCUGGGAGGAGGUGCUAUUUAACAUGGUGGUGGGGAUCGUCUACAUCUUCUGUUGGUUCAACGUCAAGGAGGGACACACCAGGGGACGCAUGGUUGCUUACUACUCUGUGGUACUGGCUGAGAACACACUUCUCACCGGACUGUGGUAUGUGUAUCGUGACCAUGCAGACACAGACAACUAUGCGGUGCCAGCGUUGUGUGGUGUCUACCUGUCCUUUGCGGGUGGAGUACUGGUGAUGCUUCUAUACUACGGCCUUCUCCACCCCUCACACACACACCCCACCCCGGCCUCAACCUGCUGUGACGAGCUGCUGUGGGGUAACCCCCUGCCCCCCUCCGCCACGCCAACCCCAGCCCAUCUGGCCACCCCUUCCCACAGUGAUGACGUCAUCGCAGACAGCUGUCUGCCGGUGUUCCAGGUGCGUUCAGAGCCCCCCACCUCACGCCAUUUCGAGGGUCCUCUGAUAAAGAUUGACAUGCCCAGGAAACGUUACCCGGCCUGGGACGCUCACUAUGUGGACAGACGGCUGCGAAGAACCAUCAACCUACUGCAGUACCUGACGCCUGCAGCCGCAGGCAUUCGAUACAGGGACAGAUCUCUGCUCUAUGAACUACUGCAGUACGAGUCUUCUCUCUGACACACAUAUACAUAUACAUACAGUUGAAGUCGGAAGUUUACAUAUACUUAGGUUGGAGUCAUUAAAACUCUUUUUUCAACCACUCCACAAAUUUCUUGUUAAACUAUAGUUUUGGCAAGUCGGUUAGGACAUCUACUUUCUGCAUGACACAAGUAAUUUUUCAACAAUUGUUUA